AUGAAAUACCCCAGGCCUGUCUUUCGAUGUACUGAAGAUACCUCCGGGUACAAGAUCAAGCCGAACCCGAGACUGGUGGACCGCUGGCUCGAUGUGACAGUCCGGGUGGCCGGGUCGGCCCCAACGUUUCUGUUCAUCGUCGCUGGCCUGUUGACGUGGGCCUUGAUGAGCAUUAUUCGUUUCGGCAACUCGGAUGUCUGGAUUGCUGCCAUCUCUGACGUCCAAGCUAUUCUAUGCUAUGUGUUUGAUUCAGUCCUUAUGCGCCAGCUGCUUCGCGAGUACUCCGAGCAGCGCGAAGCCAUAGCCAAAAUUCAGUCCUGGUGCAACAGUCAUCAACGAAUGAUUGCCAGUGUCAAGAACAAGCUGGGAGCAGAAGGGAUUCGUCGUGUCUCCGAGAAGUGUAAUAAUGAGCCCCUCGAGCCGCUGGACCAUGGACUGCGCACGCACGGUCUCUUUGCCCGCUGCAUCAUCGUGUCGGCCAAGGCGUUCGGACAUGUUGCCAGCGGCGACGGAGGUCAUGUUGCCUCCCAAGGAGAACUUCCUGCAGGUGGUGAUCUUUACUACGCCGACAUCAUCGGCACCCUGGUCGGCAUGAUCUUCCUCGUGCUGGUGAUAAUUGCCUGGGCAGCAGUCGGACCCGUCUUUCAUUUCAACAGUAACUGGUGGCUGCUCAUCGGCAUGUAUGCAGGGCUGGUUGGUCUGUUCGACAGCUUCGUCCUCCGCAACAUCCAAGGCAAAGUGCACCAGUACAUCAACCGUCAAAUUCGUAUUGUGGAGAAGGCAGACUUAUUGUUUGUUAGCAGGAAGAUCGUGCCGGAUCCAAGAGGGUAA